AUGGAUACAUCAUCCAUGAGUAACAAUAGUCAUUCAACAUCAGCAGCAACAACAUCAAAAAUGGUAGGAUCUACUACCAAUAAUUCUACAUCCUCAGUGUCAGUGUCGCAAUCACCAAUUGGAGCAAGCCAACAAUUUGGACAACCAAUAACCUCACCAAAUCCAAAUAGUAAUAAUAAUAACCCAACAUCAGGCAGCACACCAAUUUUAAGUAAUACAUCAAAUAAUGUAAAUGUAUCACCAAUUACACCAUCAAGUAAUAAUACAGAUAAAAAAAAGAGUAGAAUCGAUAUUGAAUAUAAAUUUGAAGAUUAUGAAGAUUCGUUCUUUACUAAAGCAAUUAUAAAUGACCCAUUAAAGAUAUCAGUAAUACCAGACCUGUUAUCAUUGACAACAGAGAAAAGGGUUACAAAUUUGGUUGGUAAUAAUGUGCCAACAGAGGUUACAUCAAUUAUGGAUAAACUACCCAAAGGUGUUCAAGAAUCAUUGAAUAUCUUUAACCAAGAUUGGACGGUUGUCACUCGUGAUCCAUUACCACCACCAUCGAAUUCACAACCUUUAAAACCACUACAAUCUCAAAACUAUUCAGUAGAUGGUGAAUUCGAUUCAAUCUCACCAACUGAUUCUGUAAAAGAUUUAAAUCCUGAUAUCAUUGCAAUCUCAACUCAACCAACUCCUGAUCAAAAAUCAAUUGAAUUUAUGAAAUCUCCAAAUAGAAUUCCAUUAUUUCAAACUUGUUAUAUUAAUGAUGAAUCACCAACUAUUAAUCCACCAAAAGUUGGUAAAAAAAUUUUAGAAAAUAUUGAAUUUCAAUUUAAAGUAGAAUGUACAGAUUUUAAACCACAAAUUGGUAAUUUUGAACCAUUUUUUGGUAGAAUGUUUAUAUUUGAUGCAAAUAAAGUAGAUGAUUCCGAUUCUAAAUCACCUGAAGUUGGUAUUAUUUCUGAAGAAUUUCAUUUUGAUUUAGGUACAAAUUUAGAUUUAUUACCAAAAAAUUCACAAGUUAAUUCAUUAAAUCAAAUUAAUCCAUUAGAUAAUCAAUUACCAACAAAGAUUCAAAAAUGUAUUUUUUCAUGUGAAAAGAGUUCAGAUUUAUAUUUAGUGAUUUGUUUUGAUAAGGUGAUAUUGGGUGAUCCAGAAGAAACUACAAAACAUUAUUUUAAUCCACCAAAAGCAAAGGAAUUAACAAAGAUUCAAUCAGAGGUGAAGGAAGGAGUUUCAAGAUUAGGUAAAUUUAAACAACCAUUCAUUUGGGGUUGUGUGGAAUUGUUUGACCAAAAUAGAAAAUUCAAUUUCGAUCAAGGUGAAGCAGAAAUUAGAGUUACCAAUUUCAUAAAAGCAAAAUCUGAUCAACUCUAUUCAUUCGUUAGUAAAGAGAAGAAAUCUAGUAGUAGCGCAGCAUCAAAAGAUCCAUUAUUUGAAUGUAUUUUAAAGAUCUUACAAGUUUCAUCAUCGAUUGGUGAUGAUAAAUAUUUAUAUAAUGAAAAUGUAAAUGGUAGAGUCGAUUAUUUAUUACGUACUAAAAUACCAAACACUCUACCACCACAAAUUCAAAGUGGUCAAGAUGGUAAAGGUAUCAUUAAAGAAAUACUUCAUUUCAAUUCAAAAAUAUCUUGUAGCGCAUCUGGUGAUAGUUUAAUUUUAAAAGAUAGAGAUGGUGAUAAAAAUGAUUUUACAAAUAAUUCAAUCUCAAAUUCAAUUGGUGGUGGUGGUGGUAAUAAUACUAAUGGUGGUGGUAGUAGUAAUAAUAAUAGUGGAGUAAAUAAUAAUAGUAGUAAUGGUAUUGAUUAUCAUCAUAAUAAUAGUAAUAAUAAUAGUAAUAAUAAUAAUAAUAAUAAUAAUAAUCAUCAUACAGAUAAUAGUUGUAAUGAAGAAUUAAUAUUAAAAUCAAAAGAACCACAUUUAACAUUUUCAAAUGUUUUGUAUUUUUAUCCAAAGAGUGUAAAUUUAACCAAUUUUAAAAGUGACAGAGGAAGUGCUAGAAAUAUAUUCUUAGAAGUGAAAUUGAUGGAGGAUGAUAGUAGUGUCACAGCCAUUGGUAUGAAGAAUACACAUGGUACAAGUACAACACCUUUAUUGACUUGUUCAUUCUUGACCUCUGUAGUUUAUCAUAAUAAGAAACCAAAAUUCUCUGAUGAAAUUAAAAUUAAUUUACCAUCCAAUUUAACGGCUAAUCAUCAUCUUUUGGUGACAUUUUAUCAUUUAGGUUGUAAGAAAUCAAAGAAAUCCGAGAAUCCAAUGCAUACUCCAUUGGGUUAUAGUGUGGUUAGAUUGUUUGAACAAGAUCGUAUCAUUUGCGAUGGUAAAUAUAAGAGACCAGUUGGCACUGUAUUUCCCCCACGUUAUUUAGCUCAAGAGGCAAAGGAUAUCAAGGAUUCAAAGGAUACCAUCAAUCAUAAGAUUUGGGUCGAUAAUAAAAAACCGGUAUUCUCUUUCAAAACUAGAGUUAUCUCUUCACUUUAUCCUCAAGAUCCAACAUUGGCUUAUCUCUUAAAGGAAUCGAUUGAAUCAAAUCAUACACUUUUAAAUGAAAAUAUUAAAAAGUUACCUUCUGUACCAAAUACUUUAAAAACUCAAUUCUUCCCAUCAAUCAUUCGUUUAUUAUUUAAAUCAAUUACAAGUUUAUCUGCUGAAGUAUCUGCAAAUUCUUUUAAUGUCUUAUUGAAUCUAUUAGAUUCUGUACCAGAGGAUGUUUUAACUUCAUAUAUAACCUAUGUAUUUAAUAGUGAAAAUUCUCACUCCUUUUCAUUGUAUGAUAAUAUUAUUCAAGUUUGGAAUCAAUUAUUAGAAGGUAAUAGUGCUUCAACCACUUCAUCCUCAACUAUAACAAUUACUACAACACCAAUAGUUCAAUCACCUCCACCAGCAUCAUCAACAUCGUCAUCAUCAUUACAAAAUUCUUCAACUACUAAUUUAACUCCACCAACACCAACACCAACACCAUCAUCAUCAUCAUCAUCAUCAUCAACAACUCAAACAAUACCAAAUCCAAAUCAAUUAAGACAAGAUGAUUUAAUAUUAUUAUCAAUUCAAUAUUCAUGGUUUUUAUUUGGUAUAAUAAAGAAAUCAAUGAUUGCUGAUAUUCAAAAUCGUGAUCAAUUAAAAUCAGGUCGUAAUCGUACCAAUAGAUUUAGUGAAGAGAUUUUAAAUAGAUUUAGCUUUUUAUUCGAUCAAUUAUUAGUUCAAUUAAAGGGUGCAAAACAAUUGGUUGCAAAAGUACUCAUUGUUAAUAUUGGUCAUUUUAUCAAUGAUCUAUUGGAUAUAAUGUCACGUGGUUUCGUAUUCCGUAUCAUUAGAAAUUAUAUUGCAGGUUUAGAUUGUUCCAAUACCGUUAUGGAAUUAACCGAAUUGAAAUCACGUCUUUUCAGAGUACUCGCAUCAAAUGACUCUUUUAUUGCAUUGAAUUCACCCGCACCAAUAUCACCAUUCCCAUCGAUUCAAGAUUUAUUCCAAGUAUUCUAUAGAAAACAUUUUAUAAUUGGUUUAAUGUUACAAGAGGUCUCGGCAGUGAUACCAGCUCGUGAUAAAGAGAUGAGAUUAAAAGUAAUCAAUACACUUCGUGAGAUAAUAUCGAAAAUCGAUACAAAUCCACUCUACAAUUCACCAGCGAUGAGAGAAAGAAUAGCAGCAUUGUUCUUCCCAUUGCUUCCAAUCAUUGUCUAUCAUUAUGAUGCCUACAUUAGUAAAUUCGAUCAAGAGGAACAACGUUCUUGGUUAACUUGUUUCAUUUAUAUCGUAAAGAAUUUAAAUAAUACCAAUACGAUCUCUGAUUGGUGGAAGAAAGAAACUCCAAGAAAUAAUGUUAUCUUUUUCCAAAUUCUUACAAAUUGUUUAUCAAUUUUCGAUUAUGCAAAAGAAUACAAUCAAAAAGAUGACGAUUUAGAAAGUAGUUCAAAAUCAAUUCAAACUCAUCAAUCAAAUCUUUCAUUGGAUGCCAAUACUGAUUCACCUGGUAAAAAGAAAGAAAAACCAAGUAAAAGUAGUGUAAAACAAAAUGUUUCAAAUAUUAAACCUGAUAAAGCAAAACAAAUGAUUGAACAACAAUUAGCAUCUUCAACUGGUAUGAAAAAUAGUAUGAAUUCACCAUCACAAACUUCAAAUAAUAAAGAAAAUAUUGGCAAUUUAAAUGCAAAUUCAAAUUCAAUUAAUGGUAGUCAAUCACCUCUAUUAAAUGUAAAUAAAGAUACAUCAAAUGUUUUAGGUCAGUCAACUGGUUCUGCUUAUUCUCAACAAUCACCAAAUCCUGGAUUACGUGCAUUUGCAAGUAGUGUAACUUUCUUAACUGUUGAUUUCACUCAAGGAUCAACUACUCAAGAAACAAUUCAAAUGAUGUAUGGUAAUCUUUGUCAAGAGGUAACUUUAACCGUUUUGAAUGCUUUCACUGUUUUCAUUAGAGAAUUUAAAUCGGAUCUUUUAAAAGGUACUACAGUAGCUUAUACCGAUCAUAUUCUAUUCCGUGUCAUUUUACAAUUAUUGAAACAGGAUCUUUCAUUCUCUGUAAUUAAACCUGUGUUUAGUGUAUUGGCAACAUUGGUUGGUGAAUUCAAACAUGUUUUAUUCAAACAAAAUAAUUCAAUCUGUGAAAAUUUAACUCAAUUGGUUUUCAAAUAUUGUUGUAGUAGACAUUCACCAAGUAGACAAUAUGCUACCACUUUAAUCUAUUUAAUGAUUUAUAAUAAUUUGAAAGAGAUGGGUCAUUUCUCACGUAUGAAAUUACAUUCAACCGUUGCAAUCUCUCAAAUUCUUAAUGAAAUUGUUGAAAAGAAUGUUCAAACUGAAUCAGUUGAAAUCGUAUUCUCUUAUCUCUAUGCAUGUUUAGAUUCAAUUGCAAAGUUUGUUAAACAAAAUUGUAAUAACUCUUUAUUGAAAACUUCAUACUCUACAAGCGUUUCAUCAGGUAAUGUUAAAUCAACAACAACAACAACAUCGACAUCAAGACCAUCAAUUGGUUCUCAACAAUCAUCAAAUGGUGCUACUCGUACUCAACCAACUAUAGCUCAACAAAUAGAUGAAUUAAAAGAACGUUUAUUCGGUGUAAUUAAAAAUAAUGUAAAGAUUAUGCAACAUUCCUAUGAUCCAGAGAUGAAAGCUGAUCUAUACUAUAAUCUAUCAAAUACCUUUAUUGAAAGUCCUGAUCUUCGUAUCACUUUGUUAAAGAGUUUUAAAGAAUUUUUAAAACAACAAAAGUCAAUGGAAGAAGCUGCACAAGUUUCAAUCAUUGCAGCAGCAUUGGUUAGUGGUUAUCUAAAAUUAUUAAAUCGUUUCCCAAAGGAGUUAUUAGCCACCGAUUUCACUACAGUUUCACCAAAUGUUGCCAACGAAUUAACUCUACCAGAUCUAUCAUUGUUGGAGGAUGUUGAAGGUGAAAUUUGUAAAUUGGAUCAUUUCACCGAUACUGGUUUCAUUAAUCUUCUAAAGGAUGCAAUUCAAAUUCAAAAAUCUGGUUACUUUGAAUCCGCAGCUGAAACCUAUCGUCUCUUAUUACCAACUUAUCAACAUCAAAAAGAUUGGACCAAACAAAGAGAUGCCUAUCAAGAGUUGGUCUUACUUUGUAAUCAAAUCAUUAGUGAGAAUGUUGUAAAUCAAAGAAUCUUUUCAAAUUAUUAUCGUGUGGCUUUCUAUUGUCAAGAUUUAAUUCCAGAUUUACAUGGUAAAGAAUUUGUUUACAAAGAGAAUAACUAUGUCCGUCUUUCUGAUUUAUCCGAACGUUUAAAGAAACAAUAUUGUGAUAAAUUUGGUGAAGAUAAAUUCCAUCUCUUACCAAAUAAUAAACCAGUGGAUCUAUCAAGUUUAGAUGUUAAACAUAUUUACAUUCAAAUCAUUUCAGUGGAUCCUUAUCUCUUACCAGAGGAAUUAAAAGAGAGAACUACACCUUUCCAACAAAAUACUCAUCUUAAUAAAUUCAUCUUUGAAAUUCCUUUCACAAAGAAUGGUAAAACUCAAUACAGCGAGAACGUAACUGAACAAUGGAAAAAGAAAAUCAUUUUAACCACUCCAAACUAUUUCCCUUACUUGAAAAAGAGAUUACCAAUCGUAAAGAAAGAAGAGAUCGAAUUAACUCCAAUCGAAGCUUCAAUCGAAUUGAUUCAAAAGAAAGUGACCAUCUUAAAGGCUGAAUUAAAUUCUCGUCCUGCAAAUACUAAAACCCUUCAAAUUCAUUUACAAGGUUGUUUACUCUUACAAGUUAACGCUGGUCCAUUGGCAAUUUGUUCCUCUUUCCUUGCUGAAGGUCAAUAUCAAAAUCAUAAUGCUGAACACAUUCAAAAACUUAGUGAAGUCAUUAAAGAAUUCUCUAAAACUUUGGAUUUCGGUUUGAAAUUUAAUGCUUCCCUCACAAAAGAAGAUGGUGCUGAAUUACAAAAACAAUUAGAUAGUGGUUAUGAUAAUUUCAGAAAGAAACUUCAAGAAUAUGUAAAAUUAGGUAAUGAUUAUGAUGAUUUUUAA